AAUGGUUAGGUUAAGCACACGGCUCUGUUCUCUUCCGUUAUUGACUGAACAUGUCAUAUUGUCGUUGCAAAUGCAAAUAGCGGCAGCUGCCAGCGAGUGAAUAAAAAAAAGAUAGAAUUUGCCCUUUAGCCUAUAUAAAUCAGUUAGGAAAAAACAAAGAGACGACAAAAUUUGUGAAUUUCAAUAUUAACUAGGAGAAAAAGGUUAGAGCUUUCUUCCUUUCACCUUCCCCUCAAAUAAGAAAAGAACAAAGUUCAUUUUACAUAUGUGUUUAUAUAUAAUAUAUCAUAAACAUAAUCAUAACCCAAAAGCAACAAACCCCACUUUUUCCACUUCUUUAUCUUGGCUGGCUCCUCCUCGGUGUUUGCUUCAAAAGGGAUUGAACGCCCUCUUUAUGUAUACUUCUGUUAUGAACUUGUUUUCUUGAUCUUAGUAGCAUAUUUAGUAAUAGUGGUAGCAUCUAAGAGGAGACUCUUGAAAGUCAACAUGGGCAAUUGUUUUGGAUCUUCUUCUCAUGAUGCUAAUCCUAGCUCCAUCAUCACCAGCACUACUAAUCCUCCUACACCAGGGUCAUCAAACAAUUACACAACCAUGGAGUUCUCAGCCACAAGUAGCAGUGCAGGGAAAAGCCAAUUCUCUGCUGCAGCAAGUGAAAUGAAUGAAGAUGGAAACUCUAAUGGUCAAAUAUUGGUGGCACCAAACUUGAAAGAGUUCACCUUUGCUGAUUUGAAGGGUGCCACAAGAAAUUUUAGAUCAGAUUCUGUUUUGGGUGAAGGUGGUUUUGGUAAAGUCUUCAGAGGGUGGAUUGAUGAAAAGACUUAUGCACCUUCCAAAACAGGCACUGGGUUACCGGUUGCUAUCAAGAAAUUAAACUCAGAAAGUAUGCAAGGUUUUCAAGAGUGGCAGUCGGAGGUGAACUUUCUAGGAAGAUUAUCACAUCCUAACCUGGUUAAAUUGUUAGGAUAUUGUUGGGAGGAUAAAGAGCUACUCCUUGUGUAUGAAUUCAUGCAGAAGGGAAGCUUGGAGAAUCAUCUUUUCAGAAGGAAUCCUAACAUUGAACCCUUGUCAUGGGACUUACGGCUCAAGAUAGCCAUUGGAACAGCUCGAGGUCUUGCUUUUCUUCAUACCUCAGAAAAGCCAGUCAUUUACAGAGAUUUCAAGGCCUCAAAUAUUCUGCUUGAUGGGAAUUACAAUGCAAAAAUAUCAGAUUUUGGCUUGGCAAAAUUGGGGCCUUCAGGUGGAGACUCACAUGUGACAACCAGGGUUAUGGGUUCUUAUGGUUAUGCAGCUCCUGAAUACAUUGCAACAGGCCAUUUAUAUGUUAAGAGUGACGUGUAUGGCUUCGGAGUGGUGCUGCUUGAGUUGCUGACAGGCUUAAGGGCACUCGAUAGGAGGCGUCCAAAUGGGCAGCAAAAUUUGGUUGAUUGGUUGAAGCCAAUUCUCCCAUAUAAGAAAAAGUUAAAAGCCACGAUGGAUGUAAGAAUAGAAGGCCAAUACUCCUCCAAGGCAAUGUUACAAGCAGCACAACUUACCUUACAAUGCCUCGAACCAGAUCCUCAAAGCCGACCCUCAAUGAGAGAAGUUGUGGACGCAUUAGAACAAAUAGAUGCAAUCAAGGAAAAACCAAAGGGGACUAAAAAUACUUCUGGUUCAUCAAGUUCUUCCACUUCUCACCGCAUUCAAAAAUCACCCCGUAAUCGUUCUCCACUUCAUUCGAGGCGAUGAGGCCCUUAAACACAAGCAGGAUGCUAAUCCAGUGGACAAAAAACAAGGUAAAAGAUAUGUUUGAUCCAACAAGUUAAAUGUUUAGAUGAAAACAUUUAUGCAGUUCAUUUUUGGUUUCUGUAAACCUUUGAUCAAGUAAUCAUCAUUUUUUUAGUGAUCUCUUUUAGUUCAUAGCAAA